AUGUCGAAUCAAACCCAAGACUACAGCCACGAGAUCUCUCCCAUGGAUAUCGUGCCCAAAUACCCUAUACCUGCAUCCUUGUUGAGCAACAAGCAACCGUCUGGAUGUCAAGCCUGCACUUUACAAAUUCCUUCAUUUUUCUGCAACGAUGACUGCGACGGUGACGGAGGAUUAAUUACUGAAAAGACUUCAUUACCGAUGCCUGUCCCGUCAGAGCAAGCGUUUCAACGCAAAAUCAGCCAUGGCACCAACCAGUUGCCAAACCCUACACACCACGACAACAUAUUACAAUGGAUCCCCGUUCCUGAUCAAAUGUCACCAUCACAUACUUCUCCAGCACACUCAACAACCGGUUCGCCGUCGCUGGUCACUCACGGGACGCCUCGUGAAUAUGUGGACAUGAUGUGCUCCCUCUGUGGUGGGAACCAUGAUCCCUACGCAUCACUCUGUGCCACCACGGCGAAUGGUUUCAUAACAGAAAGUGACCUGGGUGUGAGCUCUAUCUGGCCAUAG